UCCCCUCCCCGCUGUCCCCUCCCGGCGCGGCGCUGGCUGCGCUCCGCGGCAGAGCGGGGCUGCGGGAGGAGCCGCGGGAGGAGCCGCCGAGCUCGGCCGCUUUGUGCCGGCAGCCGCCGCAGGACGGCCGCGAAGCCAUGGAAGAGUUAAUAGUUGAGCUGCGCCUGUUUCUUGAACUUCUGGACCAUGAAUAUCUAACUUCCACUGUCAGGGAGAAGAAGGCAGUAAUAACUAACAUUCUCCUGAGGAUACAGUCAUCAAAAGGUUUAGAAAUAAAAGAACAUGUCCAGAAGCAAGAAGUCACCAACAGUUUGCCGGCGCCUCCUCAAAUGCCUCUGCCAGAAAUACCUCAGCAGUGGCUGCCACCAGAUAAUGGGCCUCCACCACUGCCAACAUCUUCCCUUCCUGAAGGCUAUUACGAAGAGGCAGUGCCACUUAGUCCUGGGAAGGCUCCUGAGUACAUCACUUCCAAUUAUGACUCAGAUGCUAUGAGCAGCUCUUACGAAUCCUACGAUGAAGAAGAGGAGGAUGGAAAGGGGAAGAAAAUGAGACAUCAGUGGCCUUCUGAGGAAGCCUCUAUGGAUCUGGUGAAGGAUGCCAAAAUCUGUGCCUUCCUGCUUAGAAAAAAACGAUUUGGGCAAUGGACCAAACUACUGUGUGUUAUCAAAGAAAACAAACUACUGUGUUACAAAAGCUCCAAGGAUCAGCAGCCCCAGAUGGAGCUGCUCCUGAAUGACUGCAGUAUCACCUACAUUCCCAAAGACAGUAAAAAGAAGAAGCAUGAGCUGAAAAUCUCUCACCAAGGAGCAGAUGCCCUGGUUCUGGCAGUGCAGAGCAAAGAGCAGGCAGAGCAGUGGCUAAAGGUUAUAAAAGAUGUGUGCAGCAACUGUACAGGAGCUGUAGACUCUGAUGGGCCAUUGUCUAGUUCUCCAGUACACAAAGUGGAGCUGGAAAAGAAGUUGUCAUUUGAGAGGCCCAGCUCAGAUGGGGAAGGUGCUGUGGAAAAUGGCAUCACUACUGUGUGCAAUGGUAAAGAACAAGUAAAGAGGAAAAAAAGUUCGAAAACAGAAGCCAAGGGCACGGUGACUAAAGUAACAGGGAAAAAAAUAACGAAGAUCAUUGGUUUAGGAAAGAAAAAGCCAUCAACAGAUGAACAGACCUCAUCAGCUGAAGAAGAUGUUCCAACAUGUGGAUAUCUCAACGUGCUCUCUAAUAACCGUUGGCGUGAGCGCUGGUGCAGAGUGAAAGACAAUAAACUCAUUUUCCACAAGGACAGGACUGAUCUGAAGACACACAUUGUUUCUAUCCCGCUCCGUGGCUGUGAAGUCAUCCUGGGGCUGGAUUCGAAGCAUCCCCUGACCUUCCGCCUGCUCCGCAACGGGCAGGAGGUCGCUGUGCUUGAGGCCUCCUCCUCCGAAGACAUGGGCAGAUGGAUAGGAAUUUUGCUGGCAGAAACAGGAUCUUCAACAGACCCUGGAGCUCUGCACUACGACUACAUCGACGUGGAAAUGACGGCAAGCGUCAUCCAGGCUGCAAAACAGACCUUCUGUUUCAUGAACAGGCGGGUUAUAUCUACCAAUCCAUACCGGGGAAGCGCUGCCAAUGGCUACGCCUGUCCGAGUGGAAUGGCACUUCAUUACGAUGAUGUUCCCUGCAUAAAUGGAUCGUGGGAACCAGAAGAUGGCUUUCCUUCUUCUCGUAGCAGGAACAUUGGAGAAGAAAUGCUUUAUGAUAACGCAGGCCUGUACGAUAACUUGCCGUCUCCAAAAAUCUUUGCGCGCUAUCCGCCAGCUGACAGGAAACCCAAUAGGUUAUCUACUGACAAACUCUCCUCUAACCAUUACAAAUACCCUGUCUCAUCCAAUCUGUCUUCUGCUCAGUCUGUCACUAAUACCUCUGCUGUGGGGAGGGGAUCUGGCUCGCAGUUUAAAGGCAAGAAGCCUCCUGUGACUACUAAUGGGAUCACCGGAAAAGCAAGAACCUUAAAUAGCCAGCCGAAGAAAUCUGAAACAGUUUCCAGUGUGAAGCGCACUGCAUCCAAUGCAGAGCAGUACAAAUAUGGCAAGAAUCGUGUGGAGGCAGAUGCAAAGAGAUUACAAAGCAAAGAGGAGGAGCUGCUAAAGAAAAAAGAAGCCCUCCGGAAUAGGCUGGCCCAGCUGCGGAAAGAAAGAAAAGAUCUGCGUGCUGCCAUUGAAGUCAAUGCUGGCAGGAAGACCCAAGUGAUUCUUGAAGACAAGUUAAAGAAGCUGGAAGAGGAGUGCAAGCAGAAGGAGGCUGAGCGUGUAAACCUGGAGCUAGAACUGACUGAGGUGAAGGAGAGCCUUAAGAAAGCCUUGGCUGGUGGCAUCACACUGGGCUUGGCUAUUGAGCCCAAAUCAGGAACAUCAAGUCCACAGUCUCCAAUUUUCAAGCACCGGACUUUGGAGAACUCUCCAAUCUCCAGCUGUGACACCAGUGAUACUGAAUGCUCCAUCCCUGUGAACAGUGCAGCAGCUCUGAAGCGACCUCCCUCAAACAAUUCUCCAUGUCGAGGCCAUGUCCUUCGAAAAGCAAAGGAAUGGGAGAUGAAAAAUGGAACAUAAACAUAGCAAAGCCACUCACUUUCCAUAAAGGCCUUACCUACUACAGACCAAGACAUAGGCUGCAAAGGACUCACCUGAAAGGUCACAUCAAGUGAUAAAACAUAAGAAGUUUUAUAACUCUGUUAAGUUAAUGGUAGCUUGGCUCUAAUUUGCCUGUAUUCCCUCUACUGUAUUGCUGUGUAACUACGUGUGCCCCUUUUUAUUAGCUGUAACUCCUUGUUUCCAACUUCACUGGUAAAGAAAAUGAAAACCAAAAAAACCCAACCACAGGAAUUAAAAAGGAGCAUAAAGUCACAGUUGAAAGUUUGCUUUGCUGAGCCAGCAAAGAACCAGCAGUGUUAAUUACAGUGCAUCAGACGGCCAGAACACUGCUGAAGACUGGUGUGAAAUCUUGACUCUCACAGGUUAAAACUGCCUUCUGAACUCUGCCACAGUGCAGGUGUAACUCCUCAGCAGAGGCUUUGCUGGUGGCUGCUCACAUGGCAAAACAAAACUGAAGAGAUGUGCUCGCAGUGCCUGCUCGGCCCAGGAGCUCUGCACGCCGCCGCCCUCCGGGCCAUGACAACAACCACUGGUGAAGCGUUUUUGGGAUACUUUUUAGACAGAUGCUUUUGUCAUGGAGAGAUGAAAAGCUGCCUAACUUCGAGACAAAUGUGUUUUUCUGCGUUCUCUUUAUUGCUGUUCUAAAGCACCGGUCAUUUUCAAAGGUCAUGUUCUUGAACUAUGACUUGUUCCUGAUUUUUUUAAAAGGCAAACAGGUAUUUUUAGAUACUGCUUCUUUUCUAUACAUUUUGAAGAAGUAAAAGGAAACAAUUAAAAUUAGUCCUCAACAGAUAAUGGCAACUCAGAAUAACUUAUGCAGUCAAUCUUGUUUUGUUUUUUAUAAUACAGUAUUGUUAAACUUGAGGUAUAGAACACUGCUGUACUUAGUUUCCUUUGUCUUUUCAGACCUCAGCUAUUAUUUUUGAGGAAGAUGGACUGAAAAGGUGAUAAUUUUCAGACUCUUUGAUAAACAGUUUAACAAAUAAUUGGGGAUUUUCUCAAACAGGACUCCAUUUCUGUUUACUAGGAAACAGCAUCUUGCAUUUUAGCCCGUAAAAUUAUAAAAAUCUGUUUUCUUUGUCUCUCUCCAUCCAUGUAAUUCCCAAGAAAUUACAUGCAGUAAAUUUCCACUGAAGCCCUUAAAAAUCUCAAGAUUGGUUUUAAAAAAUGAGAAGGGGGCUAGGGGAAGAAUGUAUAAUAAGAUGGCUUAAGUUCUUUCUCUUUUGCUUUUUUUUAGGCCUUUGGAGAGUUUUCAAUCAUACUCUCAAGAUUUUUUUUUCUACUCAACUGUGAGGAGUAGAAAAUUAAUUAAAAAAAUUACCUCAAAAUAUGAGUAGUAUUUUAAUCAGAGAUGUUAGGUCUGGAGUCUUAAUAAUUAGUUAAGACUGCAGUUAAAAUGACAGAAGUUGGAAAGACAGCAGUCAUCAAGGAUCCCUUUAGGGCAGAUUAUCUCUUAAUUUAAGGAAUGGGUGUGUGCAACUCCUGGGGGAUCCACUGGGAUUCUCAGCUGAGCUGGAUGCCAGAGGACUUCCUGCAGGAGCUUGUGGGAUUUGAAGGCACAGAGCUAUCAAAAGCUCCUGGCAGGAGACGGGGCUGUGUCCUGUUCCCAAAUGCAUUUAGGGCCAGGGAUCCCCCUGACCUUUGCAGUGUAGAAACGGGGCCCAGCAUGAGAAAAGGCUCUUUGCUUCUUGUGACUGUACUUAGUGCAAAGUGCCACAGGAAUGCAGAUACAGUAGGAAAGUAAUUGUCAGUGUGGUUUUCAUUGAAAACACAAUUUUUUAAUUUUAGUUUAGGUCACUUAUUAUUAACUCUCUAACUAGAGGGCACAUUCUGUACUGUAUGACUAUGGACUAAACAGCAUCAAAUGCCCAUAAAUAAUAGCGGAAACAAAUUUGAAGCAAAAGUAAGUUCAUUUAGGCUUUUUAUUUCAAAAUAAGUUAUUUAUUUGUAUAUUUCAAUAAAUAUUUAAUUUAUAUCUGUACAUAUUUAUAAUGCAAAUUAGGCUUCUAGUCAACGUUAGCAAUGAUGUAACAGUUGCCAUUAAGAAGUGGUCCCACAUCAAAUAAUGCAGAGUAGUCAAAAGCCAGAUCAAUUCUCUUGUUUACCCAAUAUUGGCAUUGUCUCUUUCCACCCCCUUAUCCCAUGGUAAAAAAAAAAAAAAAAAAA